UUAGAGCGCCUGUGGGUCCAGUUUUCCAGUAGCUUGGAGCUUCUCCACAAUGACAUGUGUAAGGUUUAUGAGCUAGGCCAGUCUGUUCCCCUCUCCGCAAACAAUCAGCCAGCGAUACAGACUGGUGCUGCAGGAAAUACCUCAGCUAUUGCCUCCAGAGCACUGAGUGUCCAGAACAUUACGUACAACGAGUCACCUUCAACAAAUAACAAAGACAAGCUGGAACACACGGAGCUAGAAAAUGAAAUUUUCAAGGUGGACCAGAUGAUCACUGACAUGGAGCUAAAAGUCAACGUCCUAAGAUGGACUGUAGAA